AACGUGAAGAGGACUCGAACCCAGCUAAGGUUCUACACACAUACUUUAUUUUAUUGCUCCAGUCAUUUAUCAGAUCAUCACAGAAGAAUACACCAACACCAGAUUCAUUUAUUUUUAAUAGCUCAUAUUUGUACUAGAGCAAAUAUAGUUUAUUUAUUUUAAAUUACUUAUAAAUCUACUUUCUCCGCCAUGACUGUGGAUCCUUUGGAGAUCACAGCCACUGAGCUGGUCCACAUCCUCCGGACCCCCCGGGACCAGUGCGCCUCAGCCGGCGGCGUGGUGCUGGACUGCCGACCUUUCCUCGACUUCUCCCUGGCGCACAUCCGCGAGGCCCGGAACGUGAACUGGAGCUCGAUGAUGAGGCGCCGGUCCAAGGGCUCGGUGGUGGCUCUGGAGUGGCUCAUCCCGGACAAGGCGCUCCUCGGCCGGCUGAGACGAGGGGACUUCUCCCCCGUGGUGGUGGUGGACCAGAGCAGCGGUUCCGUGGCCGAGCUGCGGGCGGAGAGCGUGGCCCAGAUGCUGCUCACCGCCCUGCAGAACGAGGUCCACACGCACAUCUGCUUCUUACAAGGUGGAUUUGAGGGAUUUACCGAGGCCUCUCCAGAGCUGUGCUACAUCUCUGCCAGCAGCCAACUGCCCUCAGUGGAGCCGGAGCCAGCAGUGACCGGCCGGAGGACACCAGCGUACGAUCAGGGUGGUCCAGUGGAGCUGCUGCCUUUCCUGUUCUUGGGCAGUGCCAUCCACUCGUCCCGCAGAGAGACCCUGGCAGCAGCAGGCAUCACAGCCGUGCUCAACGUCUCCUCCACCUGCCCCAACUUCUACGAGGGGGAGUUCGAGUACCUGAGGCUCACGGUGGAGGACACUCUGGCUGCUGACAUCAGAGCCUGCUUCGCCACAGCCAUCACCUUCAUUGACUCUGUGAAGCAGAGAGGUGGUCGGGUGUUGGUGCAUUGCCAGGCAGGCAUCUCCCGCUCUGCCACCAUCUGUCUGGCCUACCUCAUGCACACGCAGCGCGUGCGGCUGGAUGAGGCCUUCGACUUUGUGAAGCAGCGACGUCACGUCAUCUCCCCCAACCUGGGAUUCAUGGGACAGCUGCUGCAGUUUGAAACCGACGUCCACUGCCAAGGAUGAAGAGGAAGGAAAUUGACAUGACUGUACUUUUUACUUAAAUCGUCUACCUCUUGUAGACAUUGUGCUGGACUCAAAAAAUAUGCUCAAAAAUACUGUUUGUACUAUCAAAACUUCUGCACAACAGAAGUAAUCACUGUUUUGCACAGAAAGAAAAGCUACUUGUGUUGCUGCCAGCACAUGGCUGGUGGAUCCGGGUUCUCACUUCCAGUAGAAUAAUACAAACAUGACGUUGAUGCAACAAACAGCGGUUGGCAACAUUAAACCCCACUGUAACCACCACAUUGUGAUUCUGAGCCAGCAAGGUGGAGCAGCUAUGAGCUAAUAUCCCUUGAUGUUUUGUACUAAAGGGUAGUUGUGUGUGCUUGUCGGGUUUUCUGUGUGUGUGUGUGUGUGCAUGUGUGUGUCUGUGUGUGUUACCUUGUUUGACUUACGUGCCUGAUUAUUUGCAAGGGCUGUCUUAUUUCCAUUCUGAAAGUCAUUCCUCCACAGUUACAGCCACUGUGACAUCUUUAUAUGAGACAACACUGUGUUAACUUCAGACAGCAAUACUGGUUUUAUUGUCUAAUUUAUAAAACUGCGACAACCAGAAGUGGUGUAUGAUCAAAGGUCUGAUCAUUUUGUAUCCUGAGAUAGAUAACUCUUACUAAGUUGUUUUUAUCGUGUAAAUAGAAUUUAUAUUUGUAUUUAUUACAUCAGCAUUUGUCAUGACACAUUAUUGUCUGUUAUUGCACUUUAUACCAAUGAGGUUAAGCUGAUCCCUGCUGUUUUUCCACUGAAAUAAAAACACGGCGGUGAGCA